AUGAACCUUAUAUUGCUUUUUUUCUCUUUCUCUGGGAUUGUCUCUGAUUUUGCACAGGAUUUGGAAGCAGUUCGGGCAAAUGAACUUUGUGAUGUCAAAUGCACAUUCAAUCAUUCCGAACUAACUUCCGAAACUAUCAAAUUCUUCCCAAAAAAGUGUAAAGCCGUGUGCGGUAUUCUCGUGAUCAACUCCAACUCGAACUUAUCAGAGACUCAGCUGAAAGUGGUCUUUCAAGAGACGUACAAGUUAGUUGGAGGGCUUAUAGUAGAAAAUUCAAGUCUGGAGAGCUUAUCAUUUAUUGCUCUGAGCAAAAACCGAGCAGAAUUUAAUCUGGAAUGCAUGGCAAAUUAUGGGAUAUCAAUUAUAAACAAUUCUAAAUUAUUCAAUAUUGAUAUUUUAAAUCACUUCUUUUUUGUAUCAGUGAUAACAAACGAAUGUCCAUUCCACGUGGCAAAUAAUCCAAUUCUCGAUGCAACGACACUUUGCGAGCGGGGAAUGAUGUAUGAGAUGAUUGGUUGCCGUGGGGAUCUUAUCACUACGGAUAACAUUCGCGAGUACCAAAAUUGCACGGUUCUCAACGGAGGACUACGGCUGUCGAACUUCACGUCGGCCGAUGAUUUGACGGGUUUAUCAAAUGUGUAUUUGAUCAAAGGGGAUGUUGAAAUUUCGAGAAAUGAUAUUGAGGACUUGUCAUUUUUACAAGGGCUCCGGCAAGUUGCCUCACAAAAUGGGAAAGGCAAACGGCGGGUUACGAUGGAUAUUCGGGAGAAUUAUGGGAUGAAGCGCCUUGGUUGGGGACCGAAAAAUUUCUUCUACGACAAACUCGGCGGCCGUUUCAUAAUGAACCUGGAAAACUUGCAUCCAGAAUUCUGUCUCACCCUUCCGGAAGUCAAUUUUUUGUGGAAAGCAAGGUGAUCAACUUUCAAAAUCUACAAGCCAAAUAUUGUGAAACCGAAGUAAACGAAGAAGCGACUAAUCCAAAACUUUUCAAAAAACUGUGCAACUUCCAAACAUUGAUCACUUUGCCAGAAAAUUGCACGUCGAUUGUGGGUGAUGUGGUUGUGGACGCGAACGACGGGCGGUAUUUGUACAAGCUUUUCCAUGUUGAGUUUAUAUUUGGUUCGUUGAAAGUACAGUAUACCAAAAUUGAGGGAUUGUAUUUUUUGGGCGAAUUGCGGUAUGUUGCCUCGUUGGAUGCAUCUCGUCCAGCAAUUCUGAUCAGAUCAAAUAGUUAUUUGAAGCAAGGUUUACUUCCAAAUCUUCGAGCUGUCAUCGCGCCGAGCAAUGAGCAAGUGAUGCUCUACGACAAUCCCGGGCUGUUUGCCAAUAAUGAAAAAUGCCUUAUGUAUCAAAUAACUUAUGAUUAUUUUAUUAGGAUUAACAAUCAGGAUUGUGGUGAUUUUUAAGC